GGUGUGGAUGCAGCUGUUGGAGGUCCCAGCAUCAAAAUGACCAAGCUGCAGCUGCUGAACGCUUACCUGACGGAGCGGCUGACGGUGGUGGUGAAGGAGAUCCUGGACGUGGUGGAGGACACGGUGGCCGAGUACCGGGAGGAGACUGCCAGAGCCAAGCGGGAGAACGAGAGCCUGCGGAGGCAGCUGCGGGACAUCCUGCUCCUGGAGGCCGGGACCGAGUGGCUGAAGUCCACCAGGUCCAGUCUUGGUUUGGUGGCUCCCGACCAGCCUGGUGAGCCCGACCGGAGGCCUCGCUCCGAAGAGCCGGACUCUCGCCCGAACCCACCAAGACCGCCGUUGCCUAACGUGGACAAGCCCACCCAUGAGCAGGUGGUGUCUGUGCAGCUGCUGGCGGUCCACAGUGACUCCUCUCCGGGGCCGGUGCACCUGCCUGUGGAGAAGAAGCUCAUGGAGCUGCGAGACGUGGCACCAAAGCCCGACCGUCUCCAGGAAGCGUUUGGGAAAACUUCACCUGUCACCUCGCACUCCUCCCUAAACCCUCCCACUGUCUCCGUCCCCAAAAUUCACAUUGAAGUUCCUGCAGUGCUCAGGGAGGAGCCCCGGGCUCCGCCCCCCACGCUCAUCAAAGCCGAACCAGAGGAGUUCAGCGUGAGCAAGCCCAAAGGUCGCACGGACUCUGUGACCGAGGCCGCAAACGGUGCCGCCGAAGAGUUCUGGAGCAGGGCGGAGGCGGAGAGGACGGUGGUGGUGGUGCGCGCUGAGAGGCAGGAAGCUGAGCGGAGCAGGAAGUCCUCCCAGGAGAAGCCGGCAGCCGGAGACAGCGCAGCCUCCGCUUUCAUCCCCGAACUCGUCCAUCGCUGCCCGCGCUGCGGUGAGGCCUUCGGACAGGCCGCCAGCCUCCGCCUCCACCUGGAGCAGAAGAGGAAGACCUACGCCUGCGACUGGUGCUGCAAGUCGUUCGCGCAGUCGGCGGACCUGCGGCGUCACCUGCGCACGCACACAGGGGAGCGGCCGCACCGCUGCACCUUCUGCUCCAAGAGCUUCAGCCAGAGAGGAAACCUGCGACGGCACCUGCGCAUCCACACGGGCGAGCGGCCGUACAGCUGCCCGUUCUGCUGCCGCACCUUCAGCGACGGCGACACCAUGAAGAAGCACAAGCGCACGCACUCGGGAGAGAAACCAUACCGCUGCGCGCAGUGCGCCAAGACCUUCACCAGCGCCAGCGGCCUGCAGAUUCACAUGAAGAAGGACAUGUGCUUUGUGGCUAACGCCUGAUUGGGCGCUUCGGGAAUGGACGCCGUUAAGAUAGAGCAGAAUGACCAGGCAGAAAUGCUCAGCAGCCAAUCAGAGUCAUCGAAUGAAAGCUGGAUGUAUGACCGAUGACGUCACUUUGCAGGGAUGCACCGGUCUGAUGUUUCAGACGGCUGAAGCCGUUUCAGGUGUUCUGUGAUAGGCCUGUGCGAUAUGACCAACAUCUCAUAUCCCGAUAUAAGACAUCUAUCGUCCCGGUAACGAUAUAAAU